GCCCAUCCUCCCUGUUCCUCGGGCUCCCACCGAUGUUUUUAUUUAUUACAUCUGUGACUGGGUAGGGAAAUACUCCCGACUCGACCGAGAGAGCGUUUGCCACUUCGAGAACGAGCGACGCGCGUUCCUGCGAGUUACCGCCGCAGCCGCUUUCGUCGUUGUCGUCGUUGUGAUCGUUGCCGUCGUCGCGUUCGCUGUCACCGCGACAGCAUCCUUCGUCGCCCGCGGUGUACCUACGUUCCUCGCGGUGCGUGUGCGUCGCGCGUCACUCGUCGUCGCGUCGCGUCGCGUCCGUUCGCUCGCGUUUACGUCGUCCUGGUCGUCGACGACGCUCCGGCGUCCACGUUUCGGUCGUCGGCGAUAUCUGUCGCGCGACCCCUUGUUCGCGCGAUCUUGACGCUCGGUGUGCUCCAGUUUCGCGAGUGAUCGAGCCUCCGGCAGCAGCUACGCGUCGCUAGGAAGAACUCGCGACGCGGGUGUCGACUGUUAGGCGAGGGGCAGCUCGGCUGCUCCUCGAGAGCGUAGCUGCCCGACACGCGGACACCCACACGGACCUGUCCACCCCGAGAACGGACACGCGGUCGCUCGUAGCCCCGUAGCCACAGAGUGGACACCAUCCGAUUGUCAUGGACAGGGUUGUUCGAGUGGUUGUGCACAGUGAAGUUGUUAUCUGCGCGUGCAUGGUCCAACGUAGACCGCGGUACAGUUUGCUCCAAGUGUUCAGUGACGGUUGGAGGAAAUCGAUCCGUCCGGCCGAUAAUCCUGGAUCGACACGAUGCGCCUCGUCGGCUGGUCGAGAAUCGGACCGCGGGUCUAGCAUGCGUUGACUCGCAGCGGGCACUUGUCUCGUAUCCCAUGGUGUCCAUGUGGCGCGAGAACCGAGGCGAGACGAGACCGAGACGCAACAACACGGAAAUCACUCCGAACGGCUGACAAGCCGUUUCGGCAGCUUAAUGCAGAGUCGCUUGGUAACGCUGCAACUCGAACGUAACGUGUUCUACUAACGGAUAGACGCGCGCCUUUCGGACACUCCAUGGACCACAGAGCGAUGGAUAGCUCCUCCGAUCACAGCAGUCGUGCCAGUCCCGUAACCGGCAGUCCAAAGCAUCCCCAUAGCCCGUCGGGUCAGCAGAGCAAGCAGCAACAGCUUCACGGUUCCCAGCAUCAGCCGCCGCCGUCGCACCAGCAGCCCCAUCCGCGGGACCAGAUCCGCGAGCAACAAUCGCAACAGAAACAUCGCGGCGUUCCCACGCCGGGAUCGCCGACCAGGGGAUCGCCGCCCCAAGGACUUCCGUUGAGCCCGCCGCCUCUUUCUGCCGGAGGAGCACCCGGUGCACCGCCAACGAUGGUGCCCCAUAUGCCGGGUCUGCCGCCGCCGGGACUAGGGCUGCUGGGUCAGCUCGGCGGCAUGCUCAGCGGCCACCAUGGCUCGCCGCUCGAGCUGAUGGCCGCGCAUCACGCGGUUCUGCCCCCGAGGUCCUACAACAGUCCGCCACCGAUCAGCACCAGCGAUCCCACCGCGAACGAGUGCAAGCUGGUCGACUACCGCGGCCAGAAGGUCGCCGCGUUCAUCAUCGCCGGGGACACGAUGCUCUGUCUGCCCCAGGCCUUCGAGCUCUUCCUCAAGCACCUCGUCGGCGGCCUGCACACCGUCUACACCAAGCUCAAGAGGCUCGAUAUAGUGCCGUUGGUAUGCAACGUCGAGCAGGUUAGGAUCCUACGCGGACUCGGAGCAAUCCAGCCAGGCGUUAAUCGGUGCAAGCUGCUCAGCUGCAAGGACUUUGACGUGCUCUACAGGGAUUGCACCACGGCCAGCUCCAGGCCAGGAAGACCACCGAAGAGAGCCUCCGUCGGCCUCCUCGCAGCCAGCCACCUGGCCGCGGCGACCGGUCACCACCCUCAGCAUUCGUUGAAGAAGCACAGAAUGGACAACGGGGAUUACUACGAGAACGGGCAUUUGGACGUGUCGAGGAUGGAGAAGUCGCCGCUCCUGGCGAACGGCUACAAUCAUCCGCCCACGCACCUGAGUCACAUGCAGUUCAUGCAACUAGGCGGACACCCUGGCGCGGGACACACCGCCAUCCUGUCGCCGGCUAGUCUGCCCCAUCACCUGCAGAGCCAGGCUCAAGCCCGCGCCGAGCAGGGAAUGAAAGUCAACCCGAACAUGUCCAACAUGGAAGCUCUCGCGAGGUCCGGGACGGUUUGGGAAAACUGCCGAGCCGCCUACGAAGACAUCGUCAAGCAUCUCGAAAGGCUCCGCGAGGAGAGAGGAGACGCCGAGAGGGCACUCGCUUUGGACCAAAAACCCAGGGACCUGAGCUCGCACAAUGGUUCCUCGAACGGUCACAGUCCCGUGCUGAACCUGUCGAAGACGGCGGGAAGCGGAAGCGUGGGCGAGCACUCCGGAAGCGAGGCCGAGGCGUCGCACCGCUCGCAGGACGACGAGGACGAGGACGAUAACCUGUCCGAGGAUCUGGACGACGACAACGAGAAGGACGAAGAUCUGUCGGACGUGCCGGAGAACCUGCCUAUGGCUGCGCCCGGUUCGGAGAGUCCUCAGGCCCUGAACUACUCGCAGAUCGCCUCCGCGGCGGUGGCCGUCUCCCAGGGAGGCCAGGAUCCCUCGGUCUCGAGUACGGAGACCCUGCUCAGGAACAUCCAGGGCCUGCUCAAGGUCGCGGCCGACAACGCGAGGCAGCAGGAGAGGCAAAUCAACUACGAGAGAGCCGAGCUCAAGAUGGACGUUCUGCGGGAGAGGGAGGUGAAGGACAGCCUCGAGCGUCAGCUCCAGGACGAGCAGAAAGUCCGAAUGAUAUACCAGAAGCGGUUAAAGAAGGAACGGAGGGUGAGGAAGCGUCUGCAGGAGCAACUGGACCUGGAGAUGAAGAAGCGCGCGCAGCUGGAGGAGGCGUUGAAGGCGACGGGGGCAUCCUCGGAGCAAGUCAGAGCGAUCACCGAAAACGUGACGGUGGAAGCACGCACGAGUUCAGAGCCACCUGAGGCCAGUCCGGUGCACUCGCAGUCGCAGCAGCAACCCUCGCAGCAGCAGUCGUCCCAGCAACCCCUGCAACAACAACAGCAGGCCCAACAGUACAGAGAAGCCCAGGUCCCGCGUCCUUCCCAGCAACCUUCCACGCCCGAGAAACCUGCAUGGGGAUACGGUUUGGACCUGAUCGGCAGCCAAGCCUCCGCCUUCUGGCAAAACUACCAAGAGUCACUGGUACAGGAACUCGAGCUGGAGAGAAAAUCGCGGCAGCACCAGGCGGCCGAGAGGGACCAAGUGAAGUCUCCUCUUCAAGAAUCCCGAACGGGCUACUACAAGAACUCCGUUCUGUUCACGAGCGCGACCUAGAAGAGGCUGGACGAUGCCAGAAGAGGGGCAGAGCGGCUAGCUAGCAGCCGAAACGAGUAACGGGUCGAUCGAGAGAGAGAGAGAGAGAAAGGAAGGGAACGAAAAUGAGAGAGGGUGGUGAGAGGACGAAAGGAAAACGCAGGGAGGACGUUACGCGAAAAGUGGCGGUGAACGGAGAAAGAGACUCGAUCUGGUUUCGAGCGAACGCGACCGAUUAAAGCGAAAUGAAUCGCAAACGGAACUCUUCGACGGACGUGUGCGCGACUAAGGACGAACGUCCAUAUCCCGUUCGACGUCCCCGCGGGGAAUCUCGCACGAUUCGCGGCCAAAACCUUGAAACCUAUGCACGAAACACUCAAAAGCCACUGCACCGCUUAGAAACGAAAGAAAUCUUUAAUACCCAACGUUCGAAUACUAUUUAUUUAUUUAUGAUCGCAGAAACACCGAAGUCCUUUUCAAUUUUUUAGAGGAGGCGUUUCAAACCGUAGACUCGACUAAUUUUUUCAAAGUUCUUAACGCGUAAAUAACAGCGAAGGGUGGAUUUCGUAGAUGAAUCGCACACUUUACCGUCUACCAUUGUAAAUAACAUUUUGUAUAUUCACGUGUGUUUCCCACUUAUUAUAGUUGAAAAGGGAACGAGAGAUUGAGUUUGUUCGUCGAUGUGAUUCGAUUCGUUCGCUGUUGUUUCAGAGUUUCAUCGAUCGUUUAUUUUUCGAAAAUCUCGGUGAAAGACACGGAGUCGUUGACAACGACGUUGCGAUUAAAAUACGAUAGAAUUUUAUAUACUUUUGCUUCCAGUCGCUUCGCCCUGAACUUUGCACCCCCCGUUUAGAAAUUAAGAACUACUUUCUUACGAAAUUCGCAAAUAUUUCACGCAAAUUAACCCCUUGACGUACGAUUUAAUGUAAUUUUUCAAACGUGUACUAUUUAAUUUCGUUUAAAAGGAACAAGGAAUAUGUUGAUUUUAAUAUAUAAGACUUAUGAUCGUGACACUUGGCAUCCAGAACUAGUAACGAGUCAGACUCGUCGUUGCGCGUCAAGGGGUUGAAAUCGACCAAAAAUCAAAGGUACAAAACUAUUCUACGUACUUCCAGGAAUUGAGUCUCCAUAUCUAUAGAACAUUUUCAGAUUCUUCCAAAGAAAAAAAUUUUAACAACGUCGUUUAAGAGUGGAAUCGACGUUCUCGUAUUGUUUUAUCCGAUUCGACGUAACGAAGAGCGCCGUUUCGGGUGGUUUUGGCCGCGAGUAUCGUUAGUUUUCCCCCAGUGUGCUUGAACGCGAACGUAACACGUGAGAGAGACGCGCGGUUUCGACGCGAGUGCAAAGGACGUUCGGCGCCGGGACUCGGAGCAAAACCGAGAGAUCGCUGUCGAUCGAGUCGGCGGUAACACAUAUCAACGAUCCGAGAAUCGGUAUCCCAGGAGGAGGCGUCCCCCGUCUCCGGUGAAGGCGACAGCGAGGGCGAAUCAAGGACGACGACGAGAGCAACCGAGACAACAUAUUUCUAAAGACUGCUUGGGAGUGCGUGCGCGUGUGCAUGCGUUCAUAGAAGUAUCUAUCUCCUAAUUAAACGACCGAUUUCAUUAGGUAAUUGUGUUAAGUCUGUACGGGACGAUCGGGUACGCGCCGCGUCGAGUUUUCGAGUAUUAUUAUCAUUAUUAUUAAUAUUAUUUACCCGUACGGGGCGGUACACACCGGGCGACCCGAUCGUCGAUCCUCGAGGAUCGCGGGCCUCGAGGCGUUUCCCGCCACGCGGAACGCUACGUAGCCCCGCGUCUCGAUCUUUCUGUAUCAUAUAGAGCGAGAGACGACGAGUGAAUGAGGGGAGAGUGAGAGAGUGAGAGUGAGUUCGCGAGGGAUCGUGAAAGAGACGGCGAAUAGAUCGUAGAACGGUUGAAUAAAAUGGAUCCGACGAGUCGAGGGCGAAGGAGGAUAGGAC